UCUAUGAAAACGUAGCCUGCGUAUUGACUGUCUCGCAGUAUCAAACACGCCAUCGCCGCGAGCCAUUUUGUUCACGAAUCUGCGAGGGUGUUCGUUUCUCGCGCGUAGGACGUAGGACGUAGGACGUAGGACUCGAAUUCCGAGACCGAAUCGUGAAUAUUUCCGGCACGUUAACGACUGACUGGGUUUCUUUCAACUGUUUGAGAACAGAAAUAGUGGAUGUUUCAACGUUACGAUAGUGGUGUUUCAUCCUUGUAAAUAUUGUCUGGAACAAGAUUGCAUCAGACUAGAACCAUGUCGAGCGGCAGUGGAGAUCAUGAAGAGGAAGGAUAUGUUGUCAAAGUGCGUGGACUGCCAUGGUCUACGACUGUUGAUGAGAUCAUGAAGUUUUUUGGUGACUGUUCGAUCUCUAAUGGCAAAAAUGGAGUUCAUAUGACUACGUCCCGGGAGGGCCGGCCUAGUGGCGAGGCCUACGUAGAAAUGGAUACUCCAGAAGAUAUCGAGAAAGCUUGUAAGAGAGACAGGGAUCACAUGGGACACCGCUAUAUUGAAGUUUUUAAAGCAAAGCGUGGAGAGAUGGAAUGGGUUGUGAAGAGGAGUGGUCUUAACUUGGAAAAUGCAAUGGAUGACGGUUGUGUCAGAUUGCGCGGUCUGCCAUUUGGCUGUUCAAAAGAAGAGAUUGCGCAAUUCUUCUCAGGGUUGGAGAUAUUGCCGAACGGGAUUUCACUACCUACAGACUACACGGGCCGCAGUACUGGGGAGGCUUACGUUCAAUUUGUUAACAAAGAUGUUGCGGAGCGCGCUCUGCAGAAACACAAGGAAAAGAUAGGACACAGAUAUAUCGAGAUCUUCCGAAGCAGCUUAUCCGAGGUACGUGCUAGCAUCGGGCCUAAAAUGCGCGGCGGUCCCAUGGGCGGCUUCAAUCAGAGGCCCGCGCCGUACACUCGUGGUGAUCGCUUCGGUGGGAUGAAUCGAUUUAGCAACAACGGCAGAGGAUCCAGAAAUAGAGGUGAUUCCUUUCAUCUAUCGAAGUACGAAGGCUAUCGUGCAGGAGAAUACCGUAAUAGAGACUUAUUAUACAAUUCACGUACUAAUUCAAUACACUUCGAUAACGGUCCAUGGGGAAGCGGAAAUAAUUACGGAUCACGGGGCGGCAAUAUGGGAAUGCGUGGCAGUAUGGACAUGAAGGGUGGCAAUUAUAGAGGCAACAAUGACUCCUGGGGUGGUAAUUCUGGCGUAUAUAGCAUCCACAUGCGAGGACUGCCGUUCAAGGCAACAGAACAAGACAUAGCUGAUUUUUUUAGACCAAUUGAACCAGUGAAUGUCCGUAUUAUCCUUGAGAAUGGCGGUCGUCCAUCGGGAGAAGCUGACGUAGAGUUUGCGACUCAUGAAGAAGCUCUAAAGGCCAUGUGCAAAGAUAAGAGUCAUAUGUCGCACAGAUACAUUGAGCUGUUUAUGAACUCAUCUGGUGGAUCGAGUAGCAUGUCAUUAAGUGGCAUUGGUAAUUUCUGUGGAGGUUUAGGUAACAAUUUUAGGCCAGGAUAUUCACCGAACAACAGAGGUUUUAAUUCACAGUUAGGUGGCAGCAAUUACAAUAGUUUUUGAGAUCGGGCGAUGCGUUUCUAACGCUAAACAAUGAUUUAUAAAUGUCCGAAGAAUCAAAGUAAUCGGUGAUAAAGAAAACACAUUUCUAAAUCGCACUGAUGCAAUAUGAAUAGUUUAUUUUUUUUUCUUUUUUCUUUAUAUAGUCAUGAAUUAUAUAUUAAAUAUUAAUCAUAAACCAAAUCGAUAGCGUGUAAGAACUUGAUUAUUCUUUUCUUUUAUAAUUUAUAAAAUAUGUGAUCUACAUAGAAUAUGUAAUUUAAUUAUCAUGAGUCUAAAGAUAGAAAGAUGAUAAUUUCCUCUUUGUUAUCUUAAACUUGUAAUGAUAAUUCCUUUUUUUUCCUUUGAACUGAGCGCAAUGUCAGACAAUCGUACGUCCUUGCGAUAAAAAAGCAAAUUUCUUAGAGUAUUAACAAUAAAAGUAUCAAGCAGUCAUUUUGAAUCGUUUCUAUCUUUUUUAAAUUAAUAAUUUUUUUUAAUAUCAAAAAAAUAAGAUUUAAAAAUUUUCUAAUUUUAAUCAAAAUAAAUAUAAUUGAUGAAAAAAAUUCUAAAAUUUUGUUUAAUUUGGAAUAUUCUAAAAGUUCUUAGAAAUCAGAAUUGACUGCUCAGUACUUUUAAUGUUAAAGGACUAAGUUAGGUAAUAUAUUAAAUUAACAUCCCAUUUAAAUUAUUAAAGAUAAAGAAGUUAGUUUUAGUUGAAUGCUAUUAGAUUAAAUACUAACGAAGAUGUUUCUUGUUUUCCAUGGUGACAUACACGAUAUCUUCUGAUCUAAUAUCAAAUGAUUAGAAUUAUAAUUUUGUAUAUGAUACACAAGUGUAUUACAUGUUCUAAUGGCUUUGAUGCGAGCUUAGACAUGAUAAUUGUCAAUAUGCGUCGAAAUGUAAUGACGAGUUGUAAAGCGCAAAAUACACGAUUGUAAUAUAUACGAACUGACUCACAAUCGCACCGCAACGCAAGCACAGAUUAAUUAUACUGUCUUAUUAUUGUAAUAUGCAGGAUUCUAAGUCAGAAAGCCAUUCACAUUCAUCUUCUCAUCAUAAUGUACUAUAUGACGUAUCGUAUAAUCUUGGAAUAAGAAUUCUAGUUUUCAUCGAUAUAGGUGUUACGAACCAUAUAAGCAGACGCCAUAGCUGGCAAGUGUCAAUGUUGUGUAUAUCUUAACACAUAAGCCUAGUUUCGGUUUAUAUUCUGAGAUAUUUGAAUAAAAAAAUGGAAUACGAGGAAGAAG